CUCAGCUGUGCCUUUUGUCAUGAUCAUUUCUUCUGCUACCUGAUACAGAUGUAACUCAAGCACAGAUCUGUUUUACAUAAAGUCAAAACAGAGUCAAGCUGUAUAACAUAUAAAUCCUGAACAAGGAUUCAACGAGGAUCACAAGACCAAGAAGAUUGGAUCAUGGAGGCACUAUUUCUGCUCACAGUGGGAUCAUUAGCCCUGGCUCCAGUUUCCUCUCGACACUUCGUCUUUGUCUAUGAGCUGAAGACCCAGGAGGAGGCGCGGAGCUACUGCAGACAGCACUACACCGACCUGGCCACUGUGGAGAACAUGGAGGACGUACUCACCCUAAACGAUGGUCGACCGGAGCAGACUGCAGCUGCUCCAGCCUCCACACGGAUUCCUCAAUAUAGGGAAGACCACCUACAGCGCCGACCGCCCACAGCGCCGACCGCCCACAGCGCCGACCGCCCACAGCGCCGACCGCCCACAGCGCCGACCGCCCACAGCGCCGACCGCCUACAUUCUUCUAGUGUUUUGUCUUCUUUAAAGCACAGAAACAGGGUGCAGCGUACCUGGAUCGGGCUGUAUGAUGAUGUCAACACUUGGAGCUGGUCCCUGUCAGACCCGACCUACUACAGCGAGGGACAGGAGAACUACAGGAACUGGGAUCCUGGGCAGCCAGAUAACAACGGCGCAAACCAGUUCUGUGCCUGGAUUUCUUCCAUCGGACUCUGGAAAGACUUUAAAUGUCACUAUGGAUUACGGGCCAUCUGUGUGAAUCUGACAGGAUCCUCAGAGACCUUUGUGCUCACUAAUGCCUCCUUCACCUGGGAGGAGGCUCAGCAGUACUGCAGGCAGCACCACACAGACCUGGCCAGUGUGAAAGACGCAACCCAGAACAGCCAAAUCGCAGCCCUGAUCCCCACUGGCUACGCCUGGAUCGGCCUCAGGAGGCAGCCCUGGAGGUGGCUGGACGGGAACAACUCCACUUUCUCCUUCUGGAAAACCCUGCAGCCUGAUAACUAUGAAAAACUCGAGCACUGUGUGGUGGCAGACUUUGAGUCUGGAGGAAGAUGGGAGGAUUCAAACUGUGACAAGAUGAGGCCUUUUAUCUGUUACGUCCGCCCUGUGAAGAAAUACAAGAUCAAACUACAACUGAACACAACCACUGCAAAUCUAAAUGACCCUGUGGUGAUGGAACAACUGCUCCAGCAAAUCGCUCUACACGUGGGGAGAGCCAACGCCACUGAUCUGCUCAAACUCAGCUGGGUUAAAGACGCCAACGGAAAUGUUUUUAACAAAACAACCACCCCGUAAAAAUGUACUGAGAACUAGAGAUGAACCAAUGAACCACAUACAGACCAUCGAAAACAUCUCUGAUAGACUAGAGUGAAACUUUCAAACCUUUAUUUCAGGACAUUUUGAUUAUUAUGGCUCACAGACAAUGAAGAAAAUCUAAAAUUCUGUGUCUCAAAAUUAGAAUAGUGUUAAAAAGUUCAAUAUUGGGAAGUCGUGGUGUCACACUCUAAUCAGCCAAUUAACUGAAAACAUCUGCAAAGGUUUCCUGAGCCUUUAAAUGGUCUCUCAGUCUGGGUCAGUGGGCUGCACAAUCACUGACCCUCUCCACAAGAAGAACGACACGAAAAGGUCACAGAGUCCUGUAUCCAAGUAAAUUCAUAAAAACAAGUGAAAGAAAAAAAAAGGGAGGCAAAGGUGCAGCAGGAAUUCAGACCAAAAAGCCAAACCGAGUGUUGAGAGCAGAGAAAUGAACACACUUUUCAGAAGCCGGACAUUUCUGUUUAAUGUUUUUAUCUUAUGUAAUAUUCUAUUUUUCUGAGACACAGAAUUUGGGGUUUUCAUGAUCUGUAAGUCAUAAUCAUAAAAAUGUCAAGAAAUAAAAACUUCAACACUUGUGUUUAUAUAAUAUAUGGCAGAGGUGUCAAACUCAUUUUGGUCCAGGGGGUCGUAUCCAACCGACUUUGAUCCCAAAGGGGCCGGAUCAGAAAACUCAUGUCAUAUAAACCCCAAAAAUAACAAUAAAUUCAAAUAUUUGUGCAGAGAAACACAAAUCUAUUACAGAAAUAUUUUUUAAUUGAUGAACUCUUUCUUUUACAAAAUAUUAUAAUAUUAUGAACAACCUGAAACUUUAAGAAAAAUAAAAUUUCAACACAAAGUUUUAACAUGAACUUGUGUGUAAAUAGGAAUAAGUCAAUUUUUCUUGGAAAAUCCUGCACUUGGCUCCACUUUUCUCAUGUUGGACAUUUUUCUGAUGAGGGUGUCACGGUCAACAGUCAAAACGAUCGUCCUUUAAGAGCGUUUGGAAAGAGACAAGUCUUCAUUUGUGCUGCUCUGGUGGGAGGGGCCACGUACAGAGACGCUGGAGACGCUGCUGUGAUAAACACUGCAGAAAAUUACCAAUAUUUUAAUAGAAAAUAUAAUUAAAAUAUUUUAGUAGAAAAUCAGCCAAGGGCCAGAUUAAA